UACAAGUUUCGCAGUAGUCAUUAGUUAAUCAAAAGUAAAUAACUGCUGUUAUCUAUUAUAGUUGUAUAAUAAAUGACCAACAUGUUUUAGUCUUGGGCUGGACGUCCUUCACUUUGAACGUAGCGAUGUUAGUUUAUUAACGUUCAAAAGCAAAUUCAAGCAAAUUAAACAGUUUUUCUACCGUGUGAAUAGUGAAAACAAGUGCGUUCGUUGGUUCAUUCUUAUCCGUAAGAUUAAGUAUGGACUGGAGGACAGCAUUAGUGUUCAUUGCGGUGCUGUUUCACGCUGACGGGUUCUCAAAAUAUGGUCGAACAUGCAAGGACAUUGGGUGCCUCAAUAGCGAAGUGUGCGUGCUAGCCGAGGACCAAUGCUCAUACGGGCAAUCGUCGAACUGUGGCACUUAUCCUACAUGCAAGAAAAAGUCGCAAGUUCAAGGGUCACACUCGGAACCAGCGCAACCAUCCGUCCCUAAACCAAUACCACAAUCUCCCACCAGAAACUUUGAUUCGCCACCAAACUACCCCGCACCUGCACCGCCAUCAAAUACCCAUGGCUCUCCGUACGGCGGAAACUCACCAUAUGACAACUCGCCUUAUGGUGGCGGUAGUUCAUCCCAUGGUGGCAACUCUCCUUAUGGUGGGAACACUUACAAUGGAGGCAGCUCCCCUUACGGCGGCAAUUCUCCGUAUGGCGGCAGCAACCCUGGAGGCUCACCUUAUGGCGGCAGCAAUCCUGGAGGUUCACCUUACGGCGGUAGCAAUCAUGGAGGUUCGCCUUAUGGCGGUAGCAAUCAUGGAGGUUCACCGUACGGCGGUUCACCAUACGGUGGUUCAUCCCCUUACGGAGGGUCCUCCAACAUAGGCUCAAAUCCCUACAGCCCAAGCUCAGGCAGCGGUGGAAAAGGUGCCCUGGACAGCAUACUCAACACUUUGGGCAAAUACGCUGGUGGUGGUGGCUCAAACACAGGAGGCUCCAGUCCUUUCGGCUCAAGCUCAAACACCGGUGGAAAAGGCCCGUUGGACAGUAUAUUAGGAACGUUAAACAACUUUGGCGGCCAACCUGGCGGUAGUACGCAAGGCGGCGGCGCGGGAUUGUCGAACAUCUUUGGCAACAUACUCGGGAAUCAGCCCACCGGUCAACAGCCAAACCAGAAUAGAAUUAUAAGGCCGAAUUAUGCUCAGCAUAAUUUUGCCACUACGAGGCGGCCGGCGACCUAUGGAUGGAAUGUUAGCGUCACAGUGAUUUUGUCGUACCUGACUCACCUAUACAUCAAGAACGUGAUAAAUACAUAACGAGAUUAAUGUAAUUGUAUUUCUUAUAAUAAGGUACGCUUUAACGUGGUUACUAUUUUUGUUUGUUAACAUUUAAUAUUCAUUUUUAUAAUAAAAUUAUAUGUUUAUAAAGUUCA